GAGUCAGUUAGUGCAAAAAGGGUCAAUGCAGAUAGUCCGGGUCGCUAUUUGGUUAACUACUGUAUUUAACUAACAAGUGGGUGCGACUGGAGCAAAGGAGAUAUAAACAUUUUGCAAAACAAACUCCUGGGGCUCUGCCUAGUUUUGGGGAGGGACAAAAUGCGAGGGAACAGGAGGACUGAACAGAAAACAGUCCACAUGGAGAGGGCAUUUGGAAUAGUUGAAUGAAUGGCAUAUGAGCAAGUUUGAAAGUUGACAGACGGAUUGAGCAAUGCGUGUUCUGCAAGUUAUUCUUUUAAAAUAUUGAUUUAGUUGGUUUUAGGGUAACGUAUGAUGUAGCGUGUCUAGCCAGCUACAGUAGUUGAAGACUUUGAACAGAACACGAGACAGUGGGACAGUGAGCGCUUUAGCUCGCAACACCUCAGUGAACUGCCAGCUUUGCUUAGACUAGCAAGAACACUUCUCUUUCAGUUUAUCUUUACUCUUCUUUACGCUGUCGUGGAAUUUGUCUUACAUUUCACAGAUAAGCUUGUUGCUAACGGUUUGAUACCUGUCAAGUUGAACUUGUGGUUGUUGGACAUGGUUUUCACAGCUAGCUAGCUAAAGUUAGUCAGCCAUCAUUAAUUUGUAUUUUUCAACGUUGGACGGACUGAAUGUUCACCUUUGGAAUACUUAACGUUACUGUCAGAAAACAGCAACAAGACAACAUCAACGUUGUAUUUUAAACAAGACAAUAUGCAAAAGUUCAACUCGACACACACUAGUACUCUUCCUCGGGACGCUGAGCUUCAGCAGCGUUUAUCCGACAACGGGGGAGCCGGGGAGGCGAUGAAGGAAAACGGCUCUGGGAAGAAUCACAUCCUUGCAGAACCUGCAGACACUUCACUCUGUACCAAGAGAAAGAUGCUGGUCGGCUUGGAUGUUUUCUGUCUGUUUGUAGCCUCCAUCCCGUUCUUUGCGUGUGAGUUGAAGGCGGUGACUCCGUACCGGAGGGGUUUCUUCUGUGGGGACCAGAGCAUCACCUACCCCUUCCUGGAGAGAGAGGCCAUCCCUGACGCACUGCUUAUCGCUGGGGGCAUCGUCAUCACUGGCCUCACGAUUGCGCUGGGCGAGUGUUAUCGGGUUCGAUUCCGUGAGGUGCAAUCGCGGGCCUUCGUGCGCAAUCUCUACGUGUCCUGCCUCUAUAAGGAGCUGGGAAGCUUCCUGUUCGGCUGCUGCGUGGGCCAAUCAUUGACCAACAUGGCCAAGCUGAGUGUGGGGCGCCUGCGACCUAACUUCCUGUCGGUGUGCAACGUGACAUACGCCUCGCUCAACUGCGUCCCCGGCUCCUACGUGGCCCAGGUCACCUGCAGGCAGUCCAAACACAAGAUUGUGGAGGAGGCCAGGAAGUCCUUUUUCUCUGGCCAUUCCUCUUUUGCCAUGUACACCAUGCUCUACCUGGCGUUCUACCUGCAGGCGCGGUUGUCAUGGCGAGGGGCUCGUCUGCUGCGCCCGCUACUACAGUUCCUGCUGGUGAUGAUAGCCGUGUACACCGGGCUGAGCCGCAUCUCUGACUACCGCCACCACCCCACCGACGUGAUCACCGGCUUCAUCCAGGGAGGCCUCACCGCCUACUGGGUGGCCUUCUAUAUUUCCUCCAUGUUUAAGAACAACCGUCCAGAACUGUCUCCCACCAGCAUGUCUCUGGAGAGCCCCCUGUCCAGCCAACAGACCGUCUGCUAGCACCACAUGCCCCAACACACCCCUCCUCACCUAUCUGGAUGGAUGGGAGAAAAGACAGAAAGAGAGAGAGAGGUAGAGACAGUCAGAUAUCAGAGGUGUGCAGCACAUGGAGGGACAGGGAGGGAGACAAGGUGUGUGAAAAGGAAGGGGGAUGAGAUAAGAGGUAGAGCAGGUAAAGAGCGUUCUAGCAAGUACACACAUGUUCUGAUGAAUACGUCAAGACACGCAUGCACACGUAGUGCCACCUCUCUCUCUCACUAACACACACUACCAUCUAACACACACACACACCAACUCACUGUAGAGUACAACCCGUCCACAUGGAGAUAUGCAUAGUCAUUUUUUUCUAUAUGAAAAACGACAAAUGUUUCUAUUUUUCAAAUUAGAGUCGUAGAUGAAGCUGCUAAUGAUAAUGAUUUUUUCCUGUUCUAAGUAGAAUAUGUUUUAUUUGUGAUGGUGGUUAGUGGGCCGUGCAUUAGGUUAGCUCUCACAAACACACGGUCAGUCAGUGUCUCUAAAUUAUCUUCAUUGGUCGUCACUUUGUUGGUCAUCCUCUGACCAGCCUAGAUGAUGACAUCAUCAGCUGGACUCCACGUCUCAUUGACGUCCCCUGACUCUAAUUCUGUGGAUGUCUCAUUGACGUCCCCUGACCCCUGACUCUAAUUCUGUGGAUGUCUCAUUGACGUCCCCUGACCCCUGACUCUAAUUCUGUGGAUGUCUCAUUGACGUCCCCUGACCCCUGACUCUAAUUCUGUGGAUGUCUCAUUGACGUCCCCUGACCCCUGACUCUAAUUCUGUGGAUGUCUCAUUGACGUCCCCUGACCCCUGACUCUAAUUCUGUGGAUGUCUCAUUGUGUGAAACGAGACAGUCAGAACUGAACUGUUAUUUCAGACCUCUACAUGGAACAACAGUGCUGCAUGGAGUGACAAACCCUGGCAACCAAUAAGGAAGGAGCACUGGCCUCGUGUGCCCUCUUUACCAGUACCCUCUCAUCCUUCACCCUCUAACUACACAGCAACUAGUAGAGGAUGUCAUGGACAAUGACAAAAGAGAACACUUUGUAUUAAACCAAGUAUCUUAACUUCAGUUACCCAGGAGUGAUAGGGUGGAAAUCUGCUUUGGCCAGGUUACGCCCCCCACUCCCACGCUUUUCCAUGUCUGUACUCUGUACUAACCACUUAUUACUGUGUCUCAGAGGCGGAGCUAUGACUGAACCCUGUAACCUUUGACCUAUUACCCUGACCUCUGAGCUGCACCUUGAGUUAUGCCACUCUCACAGGGGAGCCAAAAUGGCUGCCUCGUGUUGCCUAUGGCAGAGGUCCCCUGUAUAUUCCUAUUAAUAGCACUUGAACUACAUAAUGGAACCUACUCUGAUAGUAUAAUUGAUAUUAUAUAUAUUUUCUCAAGAAUAAUCAGUGUUUUAUUUCUCUUAAUAUGUCACUCUCAUACGGUAUAUGUUUUAGUUUUUUUCCAAAUGAUAAUUAUUCAAAUUGAAUGUAAAUAGAUAUGUCUUUUUUAUAAACCACACAGAAUUUCAAAAGUAUUAUUAGUGCCAUUUUUGGACAGUUUUUUUUCACGUUUAUGUGUUAUGUGUCUGUGUUGUUGAUCAGGUACGCAGAGUUGUUGUUAUUGUCAUAACGACUAGACUGAGCCAGAGCUAUUAUCAGAAAGCUAUUUCUUGUUUCCAGUUUUGUGUUUUUUGUCUUCUCUGUGAAUGCCAGAAUGGCUGAAAAUAACCACUGUACUCAAAAAACCAAACCAAUAAAAUGAAUGUUGAAUCUUU